AUGCAGAUCCUCAUCUCACCUUCAGGUUUCAAAGAGAGUCUCGAGCCUUACCUCGCCGCAGAUUGCAUCGAGACUGGUAUCCUGCGCGUCUGCCCAGAUGCAAUCAUCCGAAAAGCUCCCCUUGUCGACGGAGGGGAAGGCUUCGCGCGUGCUCUCGUAGAAGCCACCGGCGGAGUGCUGAGGCACUUGACAGUCACCGGACCGACCAGGCUUCCUGUCGAAUCGCACUACGGGAUCUUUUACAACGGCGGUCGAAAGACGGCCGUUGUCGAGAUGGCGGCUGCCGCGGGCUUAGGUCUUGUACCACGAGACACGAGAAAUCCAUGUAUCACCACAACAUACGGUGUUGGCGAGCUCAUGGUCGCUGCUCUGGACGAAGGCGCCCGACAAAUCCUGGUUGGAUGCGGCGACUCUGGUACAAGCGACGGCGGAGCUGGAAUGCUCCAAGCGUUAGGAGCGCGCCUUCUUGACUACCAUGGGAACGAACUUGAACCGGCCGGUGGAGGACAUGCGUUACUGGAGCUCGCAGACAUUGACCUCUCGGGCUUACACCGUCGUCUCAGGGAGGUGGAAAUCGAGGUGCCUUGCAACUGGAAGAACGUAUUGUGCGGGCCAAACGGAGUGGCCCGAGUGUACGGACCCCAGAAAGGAGCAAGCCCAGAGCAGGUCGAGCUGCUCGCUGCUGCCCUAGACACAUAUGCUUCGGUCGUGGGGCGCGAGCUGGGAUACGACGUAUCGCGAGCGCCUGGAAGCGGCGCCUCAGGAGGGCUCGGCACGGCUCUCAUCUUGCUAGGCGCAAAGUUGCGACCACGGUAUGAAGCCAUCACGGAGUACUUCAGCUUCGACGGUCUUUUCGAAGGAUGUCAGCUCGUCUUUACAGCUGAGGGCGCAAUCGACUUUCAGACACCGCACGGGAAGAUUCCAGCCGAGAUUGCGAUGCGAGCCAAGAAGCAUGGCCUUCCCGUCAUUGCACUGGUUGGUACAGUAGGGCUCAACGCUGGCGAUAACUACCGAAUCGGGAUCGACGCAUUCUCCAGCAUUCUACAGUGUCCCACGACGCUUGAAACAGCGACAAGGGACGCUGAACGGCUGCUGAUUGACGGCGCGGAGAGUGCCAUGCGGAUGGUCAUGGUGGGGAGGUCACUCAAAGGUGUCUAG